CCUCUUCUUCCUCCCCCCACCCAUCUAGGGCUCUCUCUACACCAAGAGAGAGAGGGACCUUUUUAGAACCCCCACCAGCAUCUUCUUCCUCCUCCUUCCUGAACCCUGAGGAGGAGGAGGCGUCCCUAAUAAGAAAUGUCUCCUCAUCGUCGUCAACAUCGUCAGGAUCGUCUUCGUCUCCGCCACUAAAGUCAUCCUCCCCGUCAUCAACGUCUCCUUCACCCUCGUCGUCAAGAGGCCUAUGUUGGAGGGUAGAUGGGGAGUCAGAGGGGGAGGAGGAGGUCGACUCUUCCCUCACCCUCGCCCCGGACCACCUAGGGAACCUCUGGGUACUGACUUCCUCCAGGGACAGGUUGGAGGUGAGGCCAGGACAGGUGUGGGUUGUCAACUUCACGUCCUUCACCUGGCAUGACGUGGGGGCGCGCCCUCCUCCUCCACACGCCCACGGAGGUCACAUUUGGGGCACCAGAGGCGUCACGAUGGCCGCCCCGGAUCCUUCGACGCCUUCUGGUGGAGGUGGUGGUGUGAACAGUGCUAAAGAUGUUUAUGGUGGUGGCGAUAGUAAUACUAAUAGCAGUAAUAGUAAUAGCAGUAGUAACAGUAGUAGUAGUAGUGAGCCGGUGGUGGUGUGCCCAUGGUCUCAAGGUCUGGUGGCCGUGUACACCCUCAACACCUCCUCCACCACCACCUGGUUCCUGCCUUACGACGCCCUCACCUGGCAGAGGUUCCUGCACCACCAGGAGCUACACUUCCCCUCAGGAGUUUCAGCUGUGAUCGCCAGUUGGUGUGGGAGGCUCCGUGACGCUCUCUGGCUCCUCACCUCCUCCGUCACGCCCACCACCACACCUUCAGCCCUGAUGAAUGGACGUGGCACCACGGUAACACUGGAGGACACACGUGGUAACACCGCAACACCGGAGGACAUACAUGGCAACACCGCAACACUAGAAGACACACAUGGUGCCGACGCAACACGGGAGGGCACACAUGGCACCGAUGCAACACGGGAGGGUACACAUGGCACCGAUGCAACACGGGAGGGCACACAUGGCACCGACGCAACACGGGAGGGCACACAUGGCACCGACGCAACACGGGAGGGCACACAUGGCACCGACGCAACACGGGAGGGCACACAUGGCACCAUUGCGAGACAGACGUUGUGGAAGCUUGACCACAAUGGCAAGUGGUCGGCUUUGGAUGUAGUGCCUGGCAAAGAGGAUAUCCAGUACCGCCAUCGAAGCAUCCUACGUAGAUGGAGUGAUAAUCGGGGCGACCUCUUCUUCCUGCAGGAACUGGUGCCCCCCAGAGACUCAGGGACCUCGAGGACGUCGUUUACCGAGCAGGAGGAAGGGGGCCCAAGGUCAGGUCUGAGGGUGGUCAAGUUCGACACAGUAUCAGGGAGGCGAACCGUGUUGCCUUUUCAUCAUCACCCAGCCAGAGGUGUGUGGGUGCCGGGACCAUCAGGAGAACUCUACUCCAUCUUCACAGACUCGCGGGGCUCCUGGGUGAACACCUUCAACUACUACACGGGAUCUGUCGUCAGCAGAGACAGUUCGCCUCAUCUCCCCAUCCACAUUGACGACAACAACCUCUUGGUUAUGAUCGACGGCACCGUAUAUAACACCAUACCUGCCUGUAGCAGCCAGGUGCUCCACGACACACACACGGAAGACUCUGUCGUGGCAGGGAUAAAUUUAUACCAUUUAAUCCUCUCAGGGCAGUGUUCUCAGAGCAACACAUUCACAGCUACACUGCAAGACUCCAUCGCUGCUCGGGCCUCUACCUCACGCCAUGGCUCCCUCACUCAUGACCACCCCAACAUACAAGCUAUUGUUGGUGGUAACAGAGGUGGUGGAGGAGGGAAUGUGUCGAGCAGCCCACUGCCUGUGGGACAGUCGCCGGGACUGUCACACCAAGCUGACCAAGGUGGCACAAUCUUCGUCACGGAUGGCAAACAGGGCGUGAGCAGCAGCGAGCAGCCGACAGUUCCUCACCACAGAGACAAGAAUCACACCAACAAUUCCAUCAUCUUCUUCUCCCUGUCCCUCUCCAUCUUCGCUCUGGUGGGCAUCAUUAUCUUCGUCAGGAGGUGUGUGAGGUGUCCUCUCACCCACGAACUCGUUGACGGGCGUGAGGAGCGGGGCAAGCCACCUUCACCCCUACCAGUGUUAUACAGCAUCGUGUCGGACGACCCCGCCUACGAGACGUCCACCAACAACUCACCAUGUCCGUCUUACAACGCUCUGUACGACGCCACGGUCACCACCACCGCCGCUGACACCACCCCCAGCGCCACCACCCCUAACGGCGGCACUCCGAACUACAUGACCCCAAGCUCCACCACCCCGACGGGACUGUCUCCUAGUACCGCCGCACGCCACACCAUCACUCCCGCCACCUUCCCCCGGGACCCCAUCAGCUACGCCAUUACCAACACCGCCUCCGAUGCCAUCACUAUCGCCACUAACAACGCCUUUACCAAGUACCUCACUAACAGCGUCUCAGAUCCAACAAACAUUGACAGUAACAGUACCCUUAACACAAGCACCAGCACCACCCAGUUCUGACCAGCACCAACCGCUUCUGAUCACCACCACCACCACCCACUUCUGAGUGUCAACCACACUACACCAUUCACGACUAUUUAUAAUCAACAAAUGUUUUAAAAGAGUAAAAUGAGAGCUUCGGAAAAAUAUAAAAAUCAUAUAGAACAACUGUCCAGUCAGUCACCACAAAAAAUAAUAUUCCCAAUAACAGAAAACAAUAAAGUUCAAUUAUUAUGCAAGUUAAUAAUUUGUUCAGUGUUCACCAUGAAUGAUAAGUUGUCUAGACGAUAAUGGUAUUUCCUUGUGAUUUAAAUACUUUUUUUUUACUAUGUAAGGUUUAAAACGGAAUUACACAUUCAAAAACAAGAAUUGCAAUAAUUAGUUUUUCGUUCAAGAUGCUUUAACUGUCAUUUAUGAAGAAUAGUUUAUAAUGUAUUAAGUUCUUCAAUAAACAGGUUUAAUAUUAUGGAAAAUAUGUAUUCUGGGUUUAUUUCUUAACGACAACAACUUGCAAGACUAUACGUACCGUUCACCCAGUCAUUGUCUACCUAACAAACUUGUGGGUAAACAUGAAAAACUAAUUCUCACAAAAUAAUUUACUCGUUCCCAGGAUAAUUAAUAAUGUGUGGACUGAUGACUACGUAGGCCACCAGUUCCUCAUAGUAUUACCCGAAUGAUUUAAGGAGACUAGCCAUCACAAAGCCCAGACCAACUAACUUGUGCCAAUAUGUGUUUUAUUUCAUUAUAAUAUAAGGCAAUAAACUUCCAUUUCCAUAUUACAGACAAAUGAGCCAGCGGUAGCUAAGGUUUGAAUCUCCCAACAGCUGCAGACGAGGUUGUUUGGGUGAAAUCAACAACAUAGUUAAGUUAACUUACUGAUUACUGUAAGGCGGCGAUACACUGGACACUUUUCCUCCCAACACUCCCCGGCCACCAAAACUAAGGGACGUUUGCGUCACUGGGAUGUUUUCUUAGCACGUCUGCCCAACAACAAGCGUCUAGACGAGGUUCGAGUUACUACAGUCGAGGCCUUGCGGGAUUGUGAGGUUUAUUUACAAGUGGCGGCGGCUGACUGGUCAAAGAACAUCCUGAAUAAUAAUUUAAUAAUACUAAAGAAGUUUUAAAGUGACGAAUAAAUAGAAACAACUCACCGUUUUAUGCUUUAUAUUUUAAAUUAUCAGUUUCAUGAUUUAUUUCAAUUUUUACUUGAAUAUUCAACACAAAUAUAAAGCUCAUUUGAGCGCUAACCCGGCCAGCAAAGCUCGCCGCCAAACCGAUGUCCAAUUCUCACAACAGGCGAAAUCUUGCAGCUUCCUGGGCCGCCAGGCCAGCAAAAGGGGCAACAUGUUGGGAGGAAAGUGCCCAGUGUGCCGCCGCCUUCAAACUACUCUGGGCGUCUUCCACCUUCUGCGACUCUAAGAAGUUGGAAGCGAAGGAGCCGCUGCUGGAGGCCAAGGAAGAUUCUUACGUAUAUAAGCGCGUUUAUAUCGAGUUUUAUGAUUAAUAAAUGAUUUGGGAUACAUACAGCCGCACAAACUGUAGUUCAUUACCGACUGUGCUAUAUUUCUUGUAUCCUUUGCUUCUGUUUGCUUUAUGUUUGGUACAAAACAAAAAUAUGAAAAGAUUUCAUUGGAAAGCGAAUUUCAUCUUUGACUUCAACCUUGAAAUCAUUUGCAUUUUGAUAGUCCAGUUAUUUAACAUUAUCUUAGAGAAUAACGUGUCUGCUUACCAAUUGUGAACAUAUUUAGUUUCAAUAAAUGAGUAGCUACAAACAUUUUCUAUGAACCAGUGGGCUAUUUGUAACUAUAGACGAGGGGCGUGGCGUGGAAAUACUGUAAGUAUAAUGGACCACUGCUUGAUAAUAACUUUCCUCCAGAUCAGUGGGAAUUCUUUUUAACUUCUGGUUUAUAUUUUACUUUAUUUUAAGCUGGACGAAAGUGAGCAUAUCCCGCCUUGACACAUCUUGAUACUAUACUGUACGUGACGCCACAGCGAGCGGGAACGUUGCUCCACCACAUACAUACUGUACCCGUACAUUCAGGACACUAUCUUGUUCUACCCUGUGCUUGUCCAGUCGUUUUCCGUGUAUUAAUCUAUUUAUCUUAUUUGGUACAUUACCUCAUGUACAAUUCAGUAUUUUUUAUAUUUAAUGUAUCUUUACCAUAUCAACACCACAUGUACUUAAUAUAAUAUAUAUUAUGGUGACAACGAACAUCAUGAGUAAUU